AAUGUGUUUUCGUGUUCCUUAAUGUUCGAAGCGGCAUGGUAUCUUUAAUCCAUUUUAAAUUUUAAUACAUAGGUUUCUGUUCUAAAUUAUGCCACGAAAAGUGAGGAAAAGAGACUUCGUAUGCCAUCACGAAAAUUGCGAAGCUGCAUUUUACAGAAAAGAUAGACUUCAAAGUCAUUUAUUGGUGCAUGAUGGAGAACGACCAUUUGUAUGUUUGUAUGAUGACUGUUUCAAGAGCUAUACCAGAAGGUCUCAUUUAAAACGGCAUGAAGAUACUCAUGAAACCUCUUUUUGUUGUAAAUUCAAAGGUUGUGAAGCUAUAUUAAAAUCAAAAGAAACUUUACGGAAGCACGUGGAUAUUAUUCACCGUCGCAAAAAAGCCAAGACUUAUGAGUGUACUAUUUGUGAUGCUUCAUUCAAUAAACACAGUUGGUUACAAAAGCAUACGUAUCGUCAUACUGGUAUUAAACCAUAUUUAUGUCCAGUAGAAAACUGCAAUAAACGAUUUCUUGUUCCAAACAAGUUGCGGAAACACAUGACUGUACAUAAUGGUUACACAUGUACAGAAACAGACUGUAAAAGAAACUUUUCCACUUGGAGCUUAUAUGUUAAGCAUUUUAAAGUUUAUCAUCCUGUUGUUCAUAAAUGUGGUACUUGCGACAAAGUGUUUUCUACUGCUCCCAAUCUGAGAAGUCAUGAAGUGCUGCACAAUAAUGAAAGAGAAGUGUUCAUCUGUCCAAAGCCUUACUGCACUCGGUUCUACUUUGCAAAGCGAAACUUAAAUUUUCACAUCAAAUCCUAUCAUGAUAAAAGGCCAUUUACAUGCACAAAUGAACUCUGUCAAAAGUCUUUUCCAACAGAGGCUUUACUUUCAUCUCAUCAACGUGAUCAUGAUCCUAAUAAACCCAUGAGGAAAAAGCGAAAAAAGAAACAAAACUUUGCAGCAUAUUUAGCUGGCUGUGCUAAAAAGAAAGUGAAGAGUUCCUGCUCAAAAGAAGAAGAGCAAGAUAAUAUAAACCUAGAUAUGAGUGAAGAAUCGAACCAUGCAAAUCAAACUGACGUUGAAAGCCAAAGUGAUAAUUACAUGGAAAGCUCUGAAGAAAUAGAGAAAAAGUUAGAUGAAUCAGAGCCAAGUGAAAAUAGUGAGAAGGUUUUAAUUGUGUUUAACUAUAAAUCUGUACUAGAAAAUGCAUUUGAUGAUGCAGAUAGUGAAUUGGAAGCUGUACACUCUUGUAGUGAAGAUAGUAUUGUUCGAGAAAAUUAAUGUAAUAAAAAAUUUAUUUGCA